UUUGAUGUUCCGAGCUGUUAUCAAUUGUAAUACCCAUCAUGGUUGUAUUCGACACAUUGUGAUGUUCAUUUGCAUUGUUAUGGAUGCAAGCAAGGCCUGUGCCUUAUGAUAUGGGCAUCGAUGCAUCCUGCUACAGGCAUCAUGUCCCACUUUGAGUUUAUCAUACCCAUCCAGCGUGACGAGCUGCAGCAGCCGCGUGAGGCUGGAAGCUAUGUGGUCAGGCACGUGUAUGAGCCAUCAGAGCUGCAGUCAUCUGUACAUGAUCUUGUCGUCGCCCUGUCAACGGAUCGCAGCGAACUUGCCCUGGAGAAGUUCGACGUGCUGUACAGUUCCAUCAUUCAUUUUUCAUCCCUGAAGACUGCAGACCAGGAGCAGAUAUGGGAAAUAGUGAACAAAGGUUACGUGUACCUGACUGCCGACCUCUCGGCGCUGCUGGAGUCCGAGUCACUUGACCACGAGACGCGGCUCAAACAUCUGAACAUGCUCAAGAUGUCGACGUACGUGCUGUGCCAGCUGGCGGGCGCCUUCGAAGACGCGGCGCAGCGGCCGGCAGACGUGCUUAUGGCCAACAAGGGUCGGAAGCGCGCCGGGCGUCCGGCGGCUGACGAGGGCGACUGGGACGCGCAGCGACUGCGCGUCCUCCGCCAGCUGUACGCCGUGCUCCAGCUGCGCCUGCGCACGCUCUGGCAGCCGCCCGUGCCUGACGAGGAGUUUGUCAACACCAUCGGCAACGUCUGCUACCACUUCCUUGCGCUGCCCAGUGUCGGUCACGUGCGCAACAAGACGCUGCUGGAGAGCAUCAGCCAGGUGCUGGGCGCUCUGGUGCGCUCUUACGGGCACGCGCUCAGCUGCGGUCUCAAGAUGGUGCAGAUCCUGCAGCAGUACGAGCACGCGCCGGCGCCUCUGGCGCAGUGCGUGGUCACCAUCGCCACCGAGUUUGGCGGCCGCGGCCUCGUGAACGAGCUGGUGCGCGAGAUCGCCGGCACGGACGCCGCCGAGCUGACCAAGGACGGCUCGGCCACGCGCCACUACGCCGAGUUCCUCAGCCUGGUGGCCGUGCAGGCGCCGGACCUGGUGCUCAACAACAUCUGCCUGCUCAUCGGUCAUCUGGACGGCGAGUCACAUCUGAUGCGGAACGCCGUGCUCUCAAUCCUUGGCGACAUGGUCAGCCUGGUGUUAAACGGCGAGCAGCUGGAGCCAAAGCCGCGCGAGAUUCGGGAUGAGUUCCUCGACAACCUCGAGCAGCACGUGCAUGACGUGCACGCCUUUGUGCGCACCAAGGUACUGCAGAUCUGGCGUAAGCUGGUGACGGACGGCGCCGUGCCGCUCAGCCGGCAGCGCACGGUGCUGCGGCUGGCCGCUGGCCGGCUCCAGGACAAGUCGAGCAACGUGCGCCGCGCCGCCCUCCAGCUGGUCACCGCGCUACUGCAGGCCAACCCGUUCGCCGCCAAGCUGCCCGUGGCUGAGUUAGAGGAACAGUAUCGCACGGAAAAGGCAAAGCUGGCUGAGCUGGGUGUGGAUGAGGAGGAAGAAGAGGAGAAAGAAGAGGAGAAAGAGGAGGAGGAGGAGGAGGAGGGCGCGAGUGAUGACUCAGGCGAGGAGAAAACCGAGGAGAAAGCGCUUGUCAAGGUGCUUGCAAAGGCCCAGAAACAACUGACGAUUGCCUUGAAGAAUGAGGUAGCAGGGGGCGGCGACGCCUCGCCGCUGCUGGCGGGCCGCGAGCGUCUGCUGGCACUGCUGUGGGCCGACGGCGGACUCGCGGAGGCUGCCCAUCUGCUGCUGGCAGAGCCGCGCCUGCUACCGAGCCUGGCGCCGGACACAGACGACACAGAGAACACAGCCGACAGGCGGGACAUAGAGGACAGUGCCGGGUUGUGCGACAGCGCCGAGUCGCCGGCUGGCCCGACCGCCGCUGGCCGGCUGCUGGCCGCGCUGGAGGCGCUGGCUGCCGCCGGGGCCGACUGCCAACACCCGGACCGGCAGCUGGAGAUCGACAAACAGAAGAUGAUGGUGCUCUACUUCAAGGACUCGGUGGCGUUCGCCCGGCUCAUAGACGAGGCUAUCCCGGGCAUCUGCGGCUUCCUCCGCUCGGCGCAGACCACGGACGUGCUGGAGGCCGUCUCGUUCUUCGUCACGGCGUUCGAGUUCGGCCUGCUGCAGGCGAUGGUGGGUAUCCGCCAGAUGCUGUCGCUGAUCUGGAGCCGCGAGGCGGCCGUCAAGGAGGCCGUGGUGACCGCCUACAGGCGCCUCUACGUACCGGCCGAGGGCAACGAGAGGUUCCGCGCGUCGCAGGCGGCGGCCAGCCUGUCGGCGCUCUGCGAGGACGCCUCGCUGUCGGAGCUGGCUUCGCUGGAGGAGCUGGUCGUGCAGUUGGUCGGCUCCGGCCACCUGGGCGCAGCCUUCACCCAGCUGCUGUGGGAGCGGUUCACUGGCGGCGGCGGCGGCGGCGGCUCGCGGCGCCCCGCGCUGCUCCUCAUCGGCAUGGUGGCAGGGGCGGAGGUGAACGUGGUGAGCAGCAACAUCGACCUGCUGGUGGAGCACGGACUCGGCGGCGGCGGCGACGGCGACGGCGAGAGCCGGCCGACUUCAGGCUGGUGCAGAGCGUCUGCGUGGCGCUGCUCAAGAUGGUGCCGAGGAGGACGUCCGCCGCCGACGGCGCUGCAGUGCUGCCGCCCCCGCAGGCUGAGCGCUGACCACCGGCUGUUCGCGCUGCUCGCCGACAUCCUGGUGGACGGUCUGCAGCGCACCGCCGACGUCUACUACACGCCCAUGGCGCAGUCGGCUCUGGACGUUAUCUACCAGCUGGCGGACGCGCCGGAGCCGCUGGUGGAGACGCUGGCGCGCUGGCUGGCCGUGUGCGGCCACGUCGCCCUCUGCCAGCUGCUGCACCUCGACACGCACGUGCUGGCCGAGCUGAAGCGGCGCAACCGACUGCGCGAGGAGGCGGCAGGCCUGCAGGGCACGCCCCGCCAACGCCGCCUGUCCCAGGACGGGGACGACGACGGCCUGGCGGGCGCCGCCGCUGACGACGCCGAGGCCGAGUUCAUCAGUAACCUGUGCGAGAACCACGUGGUGUGCGGCGACGGCCUCCUGACCGCCUAUCUGCCGCUGCUGGUGGAAGUCAACAGCCGGCCGGAGCGCUACGGCCACCGCGGCCUGCGCGCCGCCGCCGCGCUCGCCCUCUCCAAGUUCAUGCUCGUCUCGUCGGUGGUGUGCGAGCAGCACCUGCAGCUGCUGUUCACCGUGCUGGAGCGGUCGCCGGACGACGUCAUCCGCUCAAACAUCAUCGUGGCUUUGGGCGACCUGUCGUUCCGCUUCCCCAACCUGAUCGAGCCGUGGACACCCAACAUCUACGCCAGGCUCCGUGACAGCUCUGUUCGCGUGCGGCGGACCACGCUCACCGUGCUCACCCAGCUGAUCCUCAACGACAUGGUGAAGGUCAAGGGCCAGAUCUCGGAGGUGGCCGAGCGGCUGGUGGACGACGAGGAGAGCCUCAGAGGCAUGUCGAAGACGUUCUUCAGUGAGCUGGCACACAAGGGCAACGCGCUGUACAACGUGAUGCCCGACAUCGUGUCCCGGCUGUCGGACCCGGCCGCCGGUCUGCCCGAGGAGGACUUCCGCACCGUGCUGCAGUUCGUGCUGGGUCUGAUCCAGAAGGACCGUCAGCUGGAGUCGCUGGUGGAGAAGCUGUGCCACAGACUGCGGGCGGCGCCGGAGCCGCGUCAGUGGCGCGACCUCGCCUUCUGCCUCUCCCUGCUCAACUUCAGUGACCGCUGCAUUAAGAAACUGCUCGAGAACUUCUCGUGCUUUGCUGAGAAGCUUCAUGAAAAAGACGUCUACGACUGCUUUACGAAGAUAACAGGCGCUGCUAAAAAGGCGGUCAAGUCCAACGAGGCACGCUCGGCCGUGGAGGAGCUGGAGACGCGUCUGCGCGAGGCCCACGAGAAGGCGGUCGAGGACGACAACGCCGCCUCAGGCGCCGUCCGCGCCGCAGCCGCUAAACGGCCCGUCGCCGCCGCCGGCCCGCGUGAGUCGCACUGUUAG